CUCGUCCACCGCCUCUCCUCACGCAACUUCCAACUUCUUCCUAUAAUCAUCACUUGAAUAUAUAUUUUAGUGUUAUAAAAGACAAUCACCACAGAGAGCCGGGUUUCCUUUUCUAACUUGGCUUCGGCUUUCUUCCCUUCUUUUCACUUAAAAAAGUCUCAAUAUAAAUACCAACUUCCCAAGCCUACACUAAGUUCACUCUCUCACUCCAAACUUUUUUUUUCUCUCCUCUCUUUUUCUCUCUCUCUCUCUCUCCGCACCUUUUCUCCCCAUUCUUCGUCUCCAAGUUACUCAAACAAAAAAAAAAAACCUUCCUUUUCUUCUUAAUUUCAAUCAACACACAGUCACACACUAGAUUACUGUUCUCCGUGAUGGCUUUCGAGGUUGUGAAAUCCCUAACGCCGCCGCCUAAACCCUCCACGCCGCCUGAACGAGGAGGAGGAUUGGGUCUUCUUCUUACCGACGACAGCACCGCCGCCGCCAGUAGUUCUCAGGAGAAUUUCAAGAGGAAGCGGUCCCGGCGUCCUACUCUUCUCCCCAGUACUGAUGUUUCCGGUUUAUCUUCUCCUUCAUCACGGGAUGAACAUCACUUGGCCAGUAUUCUUGUCAUGUUAGCCCGCAGCGGCAAACCUUCCGGUGACGUCGAUUCCGGCAACACGAAAACCGCCGCCCCCUCCGCCGCCGCUGCUGCCGACGUCGUCAAGGGUAAAGAUUUUAAAGAAAUUGAGCCGAAAAAGGAACCCAAUCUUCACGAGUGCAGCGUGUGCCAUAAAAGAUUCCAGUCACACCAGGCUUUGGGCGGUCAUAAAGCCAGCCACCGAAAGUUCCCCCACAUCUCCUCCGCCGCCGCGGCCGCCGUCGUUCCUGAAGAGGAUAACCGCCCAACCACCUCCGCCCCGGCGUUAAAGGUUCCCAAGACAUCGGCGCUCAACCCCAGCGGAAAACCCCAUGUGUGUAAAGUCUGCCACAUGUCGUUUCCCUCCGGCCAAGCUUUAGGCGGCCACCAACGGCGUCACUAUGUGUCCCCAGGAGACGGUCAAUUCAUUAGCGGCGGUGGACACGUCAGCGAGAACGUCACCUGCCCCAGCCCGAGUCCGACCCAAAGCCAGAGCCGAAGCUCAAGCCGGACGCCAAGCCCAAUAGCCAAGGUCGACGACGGCGCCGUGACUGCAACUGCAAGUGGCGUGACAUCAUCUGACGGAGGCGCGUCGACCCACACACCGGCGAGGCCGCUGUUCGACCUGAACCUAGUGCCGGACUUGGAAUUGAGACUGGGUUUCCGGGCUGACCCGGAAGAGAAUAUGAGAAGAAGUCAAAGUUGUUACUAUGAACAUGAAGUGGAAAGUCCAUUGCCCACAAAGAAGCCGCGUUUGUCCAUUCUGGGGAGUUUAUUAGCUAUCUAAUAAGAUUUGAUUUGAUCAACUUGUCAAAUUGAUUAGUAAUGAUUCACUUUGUUAAUUCUUUCAGUUAUUCUGGUUAGGCAGUAGUAGUUACUUGUGAUUUCAUAAUGGCUUUUGUUGCUCCUAAAUUUCUUGACAGGGUAGGCUAGCUAUUCUCUCUGUUCAUAAACUCUCUCUUCAUUAGUCCACAAUAUUAUUCAUUUUGUUGCUAUUUGCUAUCUCGUUCAUUCAAUUUCAUACUAUUGUACUGUAUGUACUUAAACAACGAUAAAAAAAUUCAUACUAAUACAGUAGUCCUACUUCCAAGCUCCCGAACCCGAACACUUGGAAACAUCAUCAUCUUUGGUUUGUAGCUCUCUUUUUUCCAAAUUCGAAUAAGUUAUAUGUAUACUUUAUUGGGAUAACAAUUGAGAAGUUACAAUUUGGAAUAACGAUUUUUUUGUUGGAGGAUCAUAAG